UCCUGGAGGAAAGACACCUUCUGUCUGGGCACCAGACCAGCAAGGAAUAAAAACUGGGUGCACCAGCCCUUGUCUUGCUGCUUCUGGUUGUCAGCACAAGAAGCUGUUGUGUUUACCCACGUUCAAGGGCAAUUGUCCGUCACUAACAACACACACAGCACCAUCAGCCCCACCACCCUAAGCCUGGCCAGGGAGCAGGACAGAGCCAGCAGGAGGGCAGCAUUGCUGGGAAGGACGGGCAGCCCCAGGACAUCCAGACUAGAGGGAUGAGAGUCUCAUCAUGGACUCUACUCUGGAGACCAGCCAGCAGAAGGAGAAGCUUCUGAAAGCCCUCUACACCCUUCAGCUGAAGUCAAACACCACUCUCCAGACUGCCGGCCCGCUGCUGAGCAGCCAGCAGGGCAUGGGCAUGGUGACACAGCUCCAAGUCCACCAGCUGGCAGACAAGACCAAAAGCCUGUGUAGAGACCUGGACAACAUCAAGAACCUCCUCCACUAUCGUCAGGAUGAGCUGGUGCGGCAGAUCCCCAACCCCACUGGCAGCCGUUACGGGUGUGUAAGUGGAAUCCAUUGCUCCCGGGAUGGCUCCAUCUAUGUGACAGCCGAGGGUGCUCCCUGGGUGCACGUGCUCAGCAGCACAGGCCAAGUGCUGAAGUCCCUGCCCUGCUGGCAAAGGGGGAGGGAAGGUGGCAGCUUUUUGCCGGAGGAUGUGACUGUGACUCGGGCAGGAACGGUGGCCGUAGCUGACAUGACAAAUGGGGCUGUCUGGGUCUUCAAUCCUCACACCACCCCCUCCAAAGGAGAAUGGAUAAAGAUCGGGAAGUUUGGCUCCCCCAGGGGUGUUGGAGUGGACUCCACAGGCAAGAUCUUAGUAGCAGACUACGCCCAAGGCCAAGUCUGCAGCUUUGCACUGGACCAUGCUUUCAGGACACUGAACAUUUGCUCAGUCCCCAACCUGCAGGGACCUCGCUACGUCAGCCCGGCACCCCAUGGAGGCUUUGUGGUAAGCGAGGAGUGCGGAGAUGUCAAGGUGUUCAUGAGCAGUCAUAAACUCGUUUGCUCCCUCAGCAGCAAAUACGGACACCGGUUUGGCAACCCGGCGGGGGUGUGUGUGGAUGCAGAAGGCAGUGUGGUGGUGGCAGACGAGCAGCACCGCACCGUCCAUUUGUUCCCAGAGAGCGGGGCUCCCAUCUGCCUGGUGUCUGCAGGGCUGCGGAGGCCGGCUGGCGUGGCCUGCUCCCCCUUUGGGCACCUCUUCGUGGCAGACACAGGUGAGAACUGUGUGAAAGUCUUCAAGUACCACGUGAGGCCCCGGCUGCCCUUGGGCACCCUGUGACAACCUUCAGAGUGGGGCCGGUUCCACCACAACCCUGCUGAGCUUUGGGUCCGCUGGUGGGUUGCAAAUGGAGGCGCUCCUGUUGUCCCUGCACUCAACCACCUUGUUGCCAUUCAGCUUUUCCAGAUGGCAGAAACAAGGACUACAGCGACAACGGUUCAGCUCCACCCUUCCUGGAUCCACCAGAGUAGCUGAAGGGCUGAGAUAGGACGGUGGGCAUGGAACAGCCUCCCCAGGGCAAUGGGACACUGCUCAGACAGAGGGUUUGGGUUUGGCCGGUGCUGUGUGGAGCCAGGGGUUGGUACCCAUGGUCCUUAUGGCUCCCUUCCAACUUGAAAGAUUCUCUGGUUCUAUAAAAUUGAUGGUGAGUUGGUGCUUUGGAAAUUUACCACCAUCCUCCUGUGUGUCUUUCCAAUGAAAUAAUUCCUUCUCUCCCACACACACCCAUUUUACGUGGCCACGCUUCUGCCUCCCUGAUGUCCAAGGCAGAGCACAGCCAGAGGGGUAAAGGCCAGGACAGAGCUGAGUUUGCAGUACCCUCCAGGAGAACAUUAAAAGAAAGGUAACAAAUUCCAUGCCACAUUCCUGACCUCUACAGGGAAGCAGCAACUACUGCACAGAGCGCGUUUCCUAUCUGCACGUCCCAUUGCUCACAAAACAUUGGGGCUGCAGAGUUCAGGAGCCACGUCGCUAUCAGCAGAGAGAGGGCAAGGUGUGGUGGCACAGGGAAGGCUGUUUUCCUCUCCUGCUCCGGCUUAUGGCAGUGCAGGCUGCCCCACAGCUCCGA